AUGGGUGCUACGGAUGGCACGCGGUGCCCGGGGAAGGGGGCGAAGAGCGGGGCCCGAUGUGCCCGCUCGCCGAUCGACUGUCGGAUCCGCUACCCGGCGGCUGCCGCCCGCCAGCCGAGUGCGCGCAAGGCGAGAGCCGAGGCUGUGCCGGCGCGGCGGCGUGCGACACCCCUGCGGCGGGGAUGGCGGAGACGGGGCGGGGGGCGGGAGCGGGGGGGCAGCCCCUCGGCGGCCGGGCCGGAAAGCUGGAGCGACCGAGUCCCUAAGGACAAGGCAGGUUGCCCACGCGAAAGCACGGAGUGUGAACCCCGGGAGGACAUCUUCUGCCCUCUGCCCCUGACCCGGGCGUUCCCAGCGCCGCGCUUUCCGCGGGGCUUUCGACGAGCCCCGGGCACCGGACUGGGCUCCGCCGGGGGCGGUGGGGCACCGCGCUCCCCCCAAGGAGCCGCGCUGGGAGGUAGGAUGCGCCGGGGAAGAGCUCGACAUCAGCGAGACGAGAGCCGGGAAAAGGGCUUUUAAGGAAAUUCUCCCUCGGUGAUGUGAGGUAGAGUGGAAGGGACGGAGCCCCUCUGCUCCGGGAGGGAGAGACCUAUCCGCACACGCAGAUCAGGUCAUCGCAGUGCAGCAG